ACUAGUCCAGAAACAAGUAUCAAAUUAAAUGGUAAUCAAGUAACUCGAGAUCCACCCAAAACUUCACAAUUCUUCAACAACAAUAGAUCCCAAAAAGCAAAAAAAAAAUGUCUUCUUCUUCAUCUUCAUCAUCCUCUCUUGGGUGUGGGAGAUCAGCAAUUGUCCGGAGAAUGGUGAAUCUUCCCCGCAACAUCUUGGGAGGAUUCUCCAGGAUGAUGGAUCAAGGAAUGGAGUUAAUGAGAACAGGAGGAAUAAUAAGAAGGCCUCAUCAUCACCUCCCCCCACUGGACUUCCCAUUCCACCACCACUACGAUCCAACGGCCCACGACGAGUGGGCAUUCUUGAACAGCUUCGAGCACCAGUAUGGGACCCAACACCCCUUCUUCUACGCCUGCAAAUUCAUGGACGCCCUAAAGAUUUGCAGGGAUGAACACAAGCUGUUGUUCUUGUACCUGCACUCCCCUGGACACCCUUUCUCGCCCUCUUUCUGCAGAGAGACGCUGUGUUGUGAGGUGGUUGUGCAGUUUCUUGAUGCCAAUUAUGUUUGCUGGGGUGCCCUUGCUGAUGCAGGUGAAGGCUUGCAAAUGGGUGCCACACUUAGAGCCUCUACUUACCCCUUUUGCUGUGUGGUGGCCUCAGCCCCUGGGGACUCCAUUGCUGUUUUACAACAGAUGGAAGGUCCAGUGUCAGCAGCAGAGCUGGUGGAGAUACUACAGAGGACAAUGGAAGAACAAGGGCUGGCCUUUGGCACUGCACUGCCCAAACAGCAACAAAAACUAUGGGCAGAUCGACGGCUGAGAGAAGAGCAAGAUGUCGCUUACAUCACUUCACUACAAAUAGAUCAGGAGAAAGAAAAACUGAGGAGUAGAGAGUCUGAACAAAAUGUUCCAAAACAAGAAACUCCAACAAGCAGUGGAAGACCUAAACAUAUUUCCUCACAAACUCAUCAGCGCAAUAAGGUAAAAGAAGGCAUUAGUUUUGGCAAAGGAACUUCACAAAGAAAUGGUGCAAAUGGAGUGAAAAGUGCCGAAAUCAUUCAGAUACAAAUUCGGUUUCCAAAUGGAGAGAGGAAGGAGCAAAGCUUCUUAUCAACAGAUAAGAUCCAAGCAAUUUAUAGGUAUAUUGAUUCACUAGGCAUGCCAGGAGUUGGGAAUUACAGGUUGAUAUCAAACUUCCCCAAAAAGGUGUAUGGUGUGGACCAAAUGGCAAUGACCCUUAAAGAUGCUGGGCUACAUCCUAAAGCAAGUCUUUUCUUGGAGCUUAUUUGAAAUGAAAUGAAUUUCUAUACAUCUAAUUAGCUCCAUCAAACAAAUACAAAAAAACCCAUCUCCAAUUGCUAAUUAACUUCUAAUUGCAAUUAUAGUUGAAAUAUGAAUCAUUGGUGAUUGCCAAAGAAUUUGCGCUCAAGCGGCAUAACUGUGACUCUCUCAAAUGGGAUGUUAAAUGACUCUUUGUACAGGUUGAGAAAGUAUGUAUGACCAAAUAUUAUAUUCUAACUAA